AUUCACCCACGUCAUCAAGCUAGAGAUCAACGGUUCACAAUAUAUCAACCCGUCUCCGAAAUAAAAUAAGGGUUGGUGUUUGGUUUCUGAAUAUUGAUUCAGAGUUUGCAGCACUUUGCUGGUGGAUUUCAUCGUGCUUGUGAAAUCAAACUUUAUUCAAUUUGACAAGGAUACAAGUUUUCACCGGAGGAGAUGGAAAAGAGUGAGGAAGAAAAGUUUAGAGUUAGAAAGUUAGAGAUCUCUGAUAAGGGAAAAGGUUUCAUAGAGUUACUGCGACAGCUAAGCGUUUGUGAUUCUGUAUCUGAUAAGGAAUUCGAGGAUCGGUUCCGGGAGCUCAGUUCUCUUGGAGAUGAUCAUGUUAUCUGUGUCAUUGAGGAUGAGCUUGCCGGGAAGAUCGUUGCGACAGGGAGUGUGUUUAUUGAGAAGAAGUUUUUGAGGAACUGUGGUAAAGUUGGACAUGUUGAGGAUGUUGUUGUGGAUUCCAAUGUUCGCGGGAAGCAGUUGGGGAAGAAAAUUAUCAACUUCCUCACGGAUCAUGCGCGAUCGGUGGGGUGCUAUAAGGUGAUUCUGGAUUGCAGCCUUGAGAACAAGGUGUUCUAUGAGAAAUGUGGCUUUGAGCAGAAGUCAGUUCAGAUGGCUAUGUAUUUUGAUUGAGAAAUGGAUUUUCUACUUUCCCAGUAUCCUUUCAAAUCUAUUUCUCACAUGACAGAUAAAUUCGCUUCCUUUUAGUUAUGAAUAUCUUGGUGAAGUGGUUGAGCAUGUGAUCAUUUUUUUUGUUUACCAGCAUUCAGUUCAGCUGCAAGCAUGAACCAGGAGGAGUUUAAUGAAGGUGAACUGAAUGCUGAAAUGGUUGAGUAUGUGAUCAUUUUUUUGGUCGAGUAUGGAUAGAAGUUGAAUGAAGGUGAGGGAUUUUAAUGAAGUUAUUUUGUUUGGCUCAAACAUCUGUAAGAGGAGGGGAUGGAAAGUAAGGGGAGUAAAAUCCUUCCUCCUCAAUUUUACUUUCCCUUUAAAAGUGGAAAAUUUAUCUCCUCUCUCAUCUCCCAUUCAUUCGAAACAAAUAGUUUGUGAAGGAAAUUACACGUUUUUAGAAUCUAUUCAGAAAUUUACAGUACUAUAUGUUUCUCAUCUACAAUCAUAUAGGAGAAAAAGUACAAUCAAAAUCACAUCUCAAAAGAAUAGCAGUAGCUAGGUUGUUGAUUUUUUUUAGCUUCAGUUUGUAACCCUUUUCUUAAUCUUUUCAUGUGGUCAUUUUAAUCCUAGUGUCACACUUUUUAAUUUAA